CAGGACAAGGACGUGGGCAGUAACGGUUUGCAGAACUACAGCCUGGGCUCCAACUCGCAUUUCUCCCUCGCUCUCGGAACUGGGAAAACUGGAGUAAAAUCCUUGGAGCUGGUCGUGGAGCGACAGCUGGACCGCGAGCAGCAGCGGGAGCUGAAUUUACUCCUCACGGCCACCGACGGGGGCUCGCCCCCCAGGUCGGCCACGGCCCAGGUCCGGAUCGUGGUGCUGGAUGCCAACGACAACAGCCCGGUCUUCGGGCGGGAGGUCUACGAAGUGCGGCUGGCCGAGAACAGCCCCCGGGAGCAGCCGGUGGUCAGAGUCGCGGCCGCGGAUGCCGACGAAGGGUCGUACGGGGAAGUGCGGUACGCCUUCACCCAGACACCGGAGCGGGCCCGGCAGCUCUUCGAGCUGGACCCCGUCACCGGGGAGAUACGGGUCGCGGGCAACUUGGACUACGAGGAGGCGAAAAAUCACAAGUUGGUGGUGAGAGCCAGCGACGGCGGGGGCCUGUCUACGCACUGCAAAGUGCAGGUGGAAGUCCUGGACGUGAAUGAUAACGCCCCGGAGAUAGCGCUCACCUCCCUCAGCGCCUCCAUUCCCGAGGACGCCCCGCCUCGCACCGUGGUGGCCCUGUUCAGCGUGCGGGACCGGGACUCCGGCGACAACGGCAGGACGGAGUGCUCCAUCGACGGGGACUUGCCCUUCAGUCUCAGCCCCGCUUUGGAUAAUUACUACGAGCUGAGAACCAGCGCGGCGCUGGACAGGGAGAGGACGGCGGGGUAUAACAUCAGCAUCACGGCCACGGACUGGGGCACGACGCGGCUGAGCUCUCGGGAAAGCAUCUUCGUGCAGAUCUCGGACGUGAACGACAACGCGCCGGAGUUCACCCAGGAGGUUUACACCAUGGCGGUGGCGGAGAACAACAGCCCCAUGCUCCGCAUCGGCAGCGUGAAGGCCACGGACGCCGACGCGGGAGAAAACGGCCGCGUAAGGUACGCGCUGGUGCGUCCGGAGGGCAAGGAGCAGCCCGCGGUGUCGGUGAACCCUGAGAACGGGGACGUUUGUGUCGUCCGCCCGCUGGACUACGAGGAGGUGCGCGCCUUC